AUGACAUCCAACCUCGACUUGGACGAGUGUAUAGAACGACUGUACAGAAAAGAGCUGCUUCCAGAGGUGGUGGUGGAGUCUUUGUGCACCAAGGUCAAGGAGCUGCUUGUCAAGGAGUCCAACGUGGUGCACAUUCAGGCGCCGGUCACGGUGGUGGGCGAUAUCCACGGUCAGUUCCACGAUCUCAUUGAAAUCUUCCGCAUAGGAGGAUACUGCCCAAACACAAACUACCUGUUCUUGGGCGACUACGUGGACCGGGGGUUGUUUAGUGUCGAAACCAUCACUCUGCUGGUGUGUCUCAAGCUGCGGUACCCCACUCGAAUCAAUCUGAUUCGGGGCAACCACGAGUCUCGAGGUAUCACACAAAACUACGGCUUUUACACCGAGUGCGUUCGCAAAUACGAUAGCGGCAACGUGUGGAUGUACUUUACCGACCUUUUUGACUACCUGACGCUGUCUGUGGUCAUCGACAACUCCAUAUUUUGUGUCCACGGUGGUCUUUCGCCGACCAUCCACUCCAUCGACCAAAUCAAGGUGGUUGACCGGUUCCGUGAGAUUCCCCACGAGGGUCCCAUUGCAGAUCUUGUGUGGUCGGAUCCAGAUGAACAGAGAGCAGAUUUCGCAUUAUCGCCCAGAGGAGCAGGGUAUACGUUUGGCAUUGACGUGGUCAAGAAGUUUCUGGAGGUCAACGACAUGAAACACAUUCUGCGGGCGCACCAGUUGUGCCAGGAGGGCUACCAGGUGCUGUUUGACGACCGCUUGUCCACGGUAUGGUCGGCACCAAACUACUGCUACAGAUGUGCGAAUCUGGCAUCGGUGUUGGAGGUCAACCUGGCUGGUGAGAGGUUCUUCAAUGUGUUUGAUGCCGCUCCCGAGAACGAAGAGCAUCAGCAGAUCAUACUGCAGGAGUUUGAAAAUCCUCAGAUGAACUCGUUGCCAUUGCCAAGGCCGGUGGAGUACUUCCUGUAA